AUGGGAGAUCCCACCAAAACAUUGGCUGGAGGUUGCUUUGGGAAAAUUUACAAAGAGAAGUAUAAGGAUUCCUGGGCUGCAUUAAAGAAGGUGCCUGUGGGUUUCAUAACCAGACAACAACUUGAUAGGGAGUGCCGUGUAUACCGCAAUGCCCAACAUCCCAACGUGGUCAAGCUCUUGGGUGAUCCUUGGCUGAGGGAUUCAAAGUGGCACAUCCCCCUGGAAUUCAUCACUGGAGAAGACCUGGAAACAACGAUUUUCAAAGCACGAAUGUCUAAAAUACAGCUGACACCAUCUGUCAAAGCCACCAUUAUCACUGGCAUGUCUGAGGGUCUUCUGCAUCUGCAUAGCAAAAACAUUGUUCACCAAGAUAUCAAACCAGAUAACAUUAUGGUUGAGCACCAAACCCAUCGUGCUGUGAUCAUUGAUCUAGGACUGGCAAAGUUCUCACAUAAUGGGAUUACCACCGCUGCAAACCUGGGCAAUGAAGCAUAUUCUGCCCCUGAAAUCUUGAAUGGUGGCGUUAGGGAUAUGCGUUCUGACGUCUGGGCCAUGGGUAAAGUUAUCGCUGAAUUCUGCAAUCGUGUAAGGCUGCCAACCAUCUUUGUUUCUCCGGCCAAAAUUGAGGAGAAUCUCAAGGACCAUCCCUACUGCAAAUGUGUUUCCAAGAUGGUGGACAGCGAUCCUUCUAAAAGAGCCACCAUGGCUGGGGUGAUUGAUGACAUCAGAAGGGCUGGGAUAAGUCUGAGAGCAGAAGAGAGGGGAACAAGAACAGGACCGGACAUAGGGGGCAUCAACAAAGGGGUAAAACAGAAAUUCCCCACAGUAACACCCACUCCACAGAGGACGGAAGUGAAGUCACCAUUAGUAGGAGCAAAAAGUUCCUUUCUCUCCCCCACUCCACAGAGGACGGAAGUGAAGUCACCAUUAGUAGGAGCCAAAAGUUCCUUUCUCUCCCCCACUCCACAGAGGACGGAAGUGAAGUCACCAUUAAUAGGAGCAAAAAGUUCCUUUCUUUCCCCCACUCCACAGAGGACGGAAGUGAAGCCACCACUAGGAGGAGCAACAGGUCGUCUUGUCUCUCCACUAAAAGAAGAGGCUCAGGCUUUGACUCCUUUGAACUCCAAGUCACAGAUGAGUCAAAGUUCGCUUCUUCAGAAUAUGUCUUUUCCUUGUCCCCUUCCGACAGAUGGUAAAGUGGUUCACCGUCGUUAUGUGUCAGAGGAUGGCAAAGCUGGCACUCUUGAGUAUAAGGAGGUGGUAAUGAAUCAGGGAAGGGUUGUUAAGUAUGAGGAUUUGAAAUACACCAAAGACUUUUAA